AUGUCAACAAUGCGGGCCGUAGCCUGGUUCGGCCAACCCUACAACGUCUCCGUAAUCGACAUGCCCGUCCCCGCCAUCACCAACCAGAUAGACGUCGUCGUCCGCAUCACCUCCUCCGCCAUCUGCGGCUCCGACCUACACAUGUACCACGGCUUCGGCGGCACGCCCAACGUGCCCUACGGUUUCGGCCACGAGGCCGUCGGCUACGUCCCCAGCGUCGGGGACGCCGUCUCGAGUCUUGAGGUUGGCGACUAUGUCAUCAUCCCAGACAACGCCGACAACGGGCACUGGGGUCCUUCGCAUCCCCUAAUCCUUCGGCGUUGGGAGCGCAAAUUAUGGCGGUGCAAGAAGUACGAGACAACCCAAGUUGACCCAAUCUUCCGUCCUGUACCAGCCGAGUACGCCAGGGUGCCCCACGCCGACACAUCCCUCUCCCCAAUCCCACUAACCUCAACAAACACCACAUCUGAACUAGACUACCUCAUGAUCACAGAUGUCUUCACAACAGGCUGGCACGUCCUCUCCUACUCAGGCUUCCAACCCAGCGACACAGUCGCCAUCUUCGGCGCCGGGCCCGUCGGCCUCCUAGCCGUCUACUCCGCCAAACUUCGCGGCGCCUCUCGGGUCUACGUCGUCGACCGCAUCGCCAGCCGCCCUGAGCAAGCCGAAUCUUUGGGCGCCAUACCCAUCGACUUUUCCCAACAAGACCCCGUGGAAGCGAUACUCAGCCGUGAGCCCGCUGGCGUGACGCGCAGCCUCGACUGCGUGGGCUUCGAAUCCGUCAACGCCACGGGAGAUCCGCACAACGGCAUUGUGCUAGAGAACAUGGUUGCCGUGACCUCCGUGUACAGAGGCAUGGGUAUCGGCGGUGUGUACAACGGCGGCGGAAACAGCACCGAGGGAGCGCCCAAUGCCGGGACCCUACCCGCGGAGAUUCCUAUCCCCAUGGCAUCGCUAUGGAGGAAGGGCUUGUCCGUCGGAAGGGGUAUCGUCUUGUCUUUGCUGAGGGCACCUCCUUUGCUGGACUUGAUCGCAUCUGGUGUCGCUAAGCCGAGCUUUGUGGUGACGGCUGAAAGCGGCAUUGAGGAUGCGCCGGAGUAUUACCGUCGUUACAGUGACCACUUGGAGAACAAAGUCGUCAUCCGGUUCCCUUAG